UGACCCAUUUCGCCGAACAAAGGAUUCGCGCUGGAGCCUCGCUCAGCGCCGGGACCUAAAAUGGCGCCGGCGCGGCCGCCCCCGCCCCUUCCGCGGGCGCCAUAGAGACGGGGCGGGCGGAGCGGCCUCCCCGCGGCGGCGCUCUGUACGCGGGCGCAGCCCCGGCUCGCUGGUGCGGGCGGGGAGGCGCUGCCGCGGCAUGGCGGGCGAGGGCGACUCUGAGCCGGGGAAGUCCUUUAAACUCCUGGGAUUUCUCGAUGUUAAAAAUGUUCCAUGUGCACGAGAGUCAGUGCUCUAUGGCUCCUUGGGGGCUUUAGUUAUGGGUCUUGGACAUUUUUUAGCAACUAGCAGAGUCAAAAGAUCUUGUGAUGUUGCAGUUGGCAGCUAUAUUUGCACAAUGUUAGGAUACUGGUUUUACUGCAGGUACAACUUGGCCCAGCAAAGGAUCCGGCAAAGAAUGAUUAAAGAAGGAAUGAAAAACAGAAUUUUAUUUGAAGGCAGUUAUCUUGAUCCACAAAACAAACAAACUGGCAGUGAAAGAAGCAAUUCAUAGGUUGCUCCGGAAGAGUUGUGGUUUAAUACAUCUCUGGGAAAAGGUGGUCCAAAAAAAAGUCAGUCUACACUGCAAGCCUGUGAGGUGUCUAAAACUGGUAAAUCAUGGUUUUCCUAGCAAACCUGAGCAGGAAAUUCAUAGUGAAUCUGUUAAGUUAGUACAAGCCUUGCUUUGUUUCAUGUAUGUAUGUAUGUGACUGCACACAUUUGGAAUGACGUCCUGUUAAACAUCUGGGAGCUGCUGUGUUCUCUUCAGGGUCUCAAAGGAUUAACAACAGUGAUUUGGGACUGCUUUAACUUCCAUUAUAAACAGAGUGUGGUUUGUUUUAGCAAAGUUGUAAUUACUUCUCAUUUAAAUAGAGGAAAAUAUUUUCAUCACCUGUUGAGUAAAUGCUAUUAUUAACAGUGCUGUUUGUGAAACAGGAAUAUUUGAGCAGUAGGAGAAGGCUUUGCUUGUGCAAAGUGGGUGAUAGUCAGCAGCCUUUGUAAGAUUUCAGCUGCAGGAUAACCAGAUAACUUACAUACAUUGUGAAGCUGAAGGAUUUCCAUCUUUGUUCUGUUUGAAACUAUGAAUAAAAUCACACUUCAGAGCA